AACUGUUUUUACAGCCACGCGAGAUUAUGAUGAAGCUCUGUGACGAAGGGCCUGGAUGAAAAUUGUAUUUAUGUUGUGUGUUGGUCUCAGUGGAUGCGGUUAUCUCUCCUCAAACGGUGUCAGUCAGCUGUUGUUCCGUUAAGCCAUUUGUUGAACAUCGACUACGAAUGCUCGGCUAUGUGUUGUUGUGGAUUUGACGUGAGGAGGCCUGAAGGAGGCAAGUCCUUGACACCAUGAGUCCUCCAGCUCUGCCCGUGGUCUUCUGCUGUUGUCACAGGAAAAUCUGGUUGCAUUCAACAGCAGGAGGCAAACACAUCUCUAUUUUCCACCCAAGUAUUAUCUUCCCCCGGAUGCUAUGGAAGGACAAGCAUAAUGAAUAGAUACACCACUAUCAGACAGCUCGGGGAUGGCACCUACGGCUCAGUCAUCCUCGGCCGCAGUCUGGAGUCAGGAGAGCUAGUUGCCAUAAAGAAAAUGAAAAGGAAAUUCUACUCCUGGGAAGAAUGCAUGAACCUUCGUGAGGUCAAGUCCCUAAAGAAACUCAACCAUGCUAAUGUGAUCAAACUCAAGGAGGUAAUUCGAGAAAAUGAUCACUUGUACUUUAUAUUUGAGUACAUGAAGGAAAACCUGUAUCAGCUAAUGAAAGACAGGACUCGACUGUUUCCUGAAUCUGCUGUAAGAAAUAUUAUGUUUCAGAUACUCCAGGGCCUUGCGUUCAUUCAUAAACAUGGGUUUUUUCACAGGGACAUGAAACCUGAGAAUCUUCUGUGCAUGGGCCCAGAGCUGGUGAAAAUAGCUGACUUUGGGCUUGCCCGUGAAAUCCGAUCUCGACCACCGUACACAGACUAUGUCUCGACCAGAUGGUAUAGAGCACCAGAGGUGCUCCUCAGAUCCACAUCCUACAGUUCACCUAUAGACCAGUGGGCAGUCGGCUGCAUCAUGGCAGAGCUUUAUACCCUCAGACCUCUUUUUCCAGGCUCCAGUGAAGUGGACACCAUAUUUAAGAUUUGCCAAGUCUUGGGUACGCCAAAGAAGAAUGAUUGGCCGGAGGGAUACCAUCUGGCAAGUGCUAUGAAUUUCCGUUGGCCUCAGUGUGUUCCCAGUAAUCUGAAGACACUGAUACCAAAUGCCAGUCCUGAAGCCAUUCAUCUGAUGACAGACCUGCUCCAGUGGGAUCCCAAGAAGAGACCAGCUUCUGCCCAGGCUCUCAGGUACUCUUACUUCCAUGUGGGCCAGGCUUUGGGCACUCCUCAGCAGAUCCUGGAACAGGGAAGACCUCAGCCAGGCCUUGUGCUGCUGCAGGCUCCUUUACAGUCACAACAGACACUGCAGCAGCAGCAGCAACCACUGCUGCUUAAGCCUGUGCCUCCCUCCCAGCCUCCACCUCCAAACCAACACUGCUCCCCCUCCAGGCCUCUCCAGCAGAUCCAGCCCUCCCCUGUACCUGCAGCUGCACAGGCAGCAGUGUACCAACGGCACACAGAGCUGGUGCGAGAGCAGCAACCGAAGCACAUCCUGAAGCAGGAACAGACCACAGGAACACCACAGAGCCAUCUUCCUUAUAUUGUUGACAAGAGUCUCCAGAGCAAGCAAUCGAGGCAGGAGUCAGAAAAAGCAAACCUACUGAGCUAUCAGUUGAAACCUAAAGGAGGGCGGCGGCGUUGGGGCCACGGCACAGGACACCUCAAGAGUGAAGACUGGGACGACUACGAAGAAACUGACCUGACAUCUAUAAGUAUUCUUGGAAAGAGUAACUUCUCUGCAGAGAAGUCGAGGCAGGGGGACGACGCACUGAGAAGAUACGGAAAUGUCCUGGAUUUCAGUCGACCCACUGGAAAGGAAGAUGCACCUUUAAACCUGAACAAGAGUUCAGCCUACCAGGAGCCGUCGAGAACUGCUUCUGCCAAACAGCAUUACCUGAGACAGUCCAGAUAUUUACCUGGUAUUAGCACAAAGAAGAACGUGGCCAUAAAUGCCAAUAAAGACUUCAGUGGAAGCCAUCUUUGGGGCAACAACAGUAUUCCAUUUGGAGGGACUCUGCCGAGCAGAGGCGCUCACGGUACAAAUACAAUCCCAGGUGGAUACAUGCCGUCGUUUUACAAAAAAGACAUAGGUUCUGCCGGUCACAGAGGGCACCAAGGUCCUUCAGUGGAUUCAACACCAUCAAAUUAUGCAACAUGGCAGUCUGGACGGAGUCAGAUGAACACCUCUGCCAAUUUGUCGUUGGCCAACAAGAGCACCCCUGGUCUGCUGCCUCGCCCACCGGUACAGACCAUCCACGGGCGAACAGACUGGUCUGCCAAAUAUGGACACCGCUAGUGGCCUGAGUGGAGCUCUGGUCUGUGCUCCUAAGAACUCUUUCACCUCCAAAGAGUAGGCCUAGUUGUUUUAUAAUUAAGAAUCUGUACAUACAUCUUACACAGCAAUAAUUCUGUUUUUCAUCAUGUGUACUAUGGAUGUUGUGAGCUGUAAAAUAUCUAAGUGUAUGUGUAUAUUUAAAUGCAACUGGCCAAAACUUGAGCCCAGAUUCGCUCCUCAGUGUUUUGUUUUGUAUUUCUGUAACAUAACUACUGUUUUACAAAGGUUACAUCCUCCGUUUUGUAUCAGACUCAUCAUUGAAUGUUCACCAACCUGUAUACAUGAUAUGCAUAUUAUAAUUUUAUGAAAACUUCACUGUGACUUGUUUUCGGCUACAGCUAAUUACUUUGCCUCUGUAUAGUUCAGUCAUGUUUUUUACAUUCCUGCUGUGUUUGUUUGAUGACAGUAGCCUCGUCAAUCAGGUAACUAUUAUUUGUGCAUUAUAAAUUUCGAAUGAAAUUCAAAGCCGUGCUUUAAUUUCAGUAAAAUUAUUACAAUGCAAGUGGUUGCCACACUGUAUCAAUCUGUUUCUCAAGUAAAAUGAUCCAAGUUAACACGUUCUACCCCCUCGGCCAAAGUGAGUGUGAUUACUGAAUUGCCAGUUAUUGAAUAUAAUUAAACUUUUGACUA